CUGACUGUCCGCGCCAUCCCGAGAUGACUCGGAAAGAUGAGCUGCUCUGCAGCCAGCGUACUGAGUCUCUCCCCAAUAUAUAAACCGCAUGUAUCCAUGUCGUCUGCUGGGUCGUGCUCUCAGUAGCAGCACCAAAAAAGAGCUCCCGACUUUAUUCAGUUUUAAUUGGGAAAUUACAGAAUUUUUGUGUUUUACUAUAGUUCUUUGUGCUUCUGACUAUCUAGUGACUCUGGUGAACUAUUCUGUGCAUUGAUUGUGACUCAACUUGACUGAUAUUCAUUAAGAUCUAUCUUGGAGUGUCCAUUGUUUUGAUUAUGCUCGUCAUGUCGCCCAGGGCGAUGUCUAGACAGCAGCUUUCAGCAACUAUUCACUCUUUGCUUAUUCCACCCUUUCUUCCUAAAGCACUUCUGUUUACCAUCCGAUUUCAUGGAAUUGCUAGAACACCACCAACAAAACGUGAAAGAACUGGCGGAAAAUCAGCACAAGCGAGCUACAGCAGAGCCAAGCAGUUCCUUCAUUGUUCACUCGUCAAUGCCAGAUCAUUGCUUAGCAGAUCGCACAUCGUUCAAAAUAAUAUUAUUGAGAACAAUCUUGACUUUGUAGCCAUUACGGAAUCAUGGCUACCAGUUGAAGGUGGUGAUGAAAUCUUACGGGGACCUUGUCUGGCUGGCUACUCGGGCCUUCACGUACCGCGGACGGGCAGGAGAGGUGGAGGAUUGGCAGUCAUCUACCGUAACACAGUAAGAUGUCGCCUCCUCUCUCUUGACUUCGAAGCUCAAUCAUUCGAGUUUCUCGCAGUUUCACUGUCUGUGAACUCAGUGGCAAUUGUCCUUCUCGUAGUGUAUCGUCCCCCAACCAACAACGUCAAUCAGUUUAGUGAUGAAUUUGCAUGUCUACGAGAAUCUUUAGUCUCGGCCCCCGGUCGACUGCUAAUUGUGGGUGAUUUUAAUUUUCACGUUGAUGACAAGUCAAGCCAUGUCGCUCGCUCUUUCAUCUCCCUAACUGACUCAUUCGAUCUUCAACAAUACGUAAGCGAUUCGACUCAUAGUGGUGGCCACACAUUGGACCUUGUGUUUUCACGUGCAGCAGAUGACUUCAUAUCGACCUGUUAUGUCUCUGAAGUAAUUAGUGAUCAUCGUGCUGUCCAGUGGCCAUUCUGUCGACUGUGAGAGUGCUGUGGUACAGUAUAACGAUGGUCUAUCUGAAGUGUUAAAUCGCCAUGCCCCAUUGAUUAAAAGAACUUUUAUUGUCCGCCCGGAAAACCCGUGGGACAAUGAGAUGAUUCAUUCUGCAAGGAGGAGAGCAAGAAGAGCUGAGCGACGUUGGAGAGUGACCGGUCUCACAGUUGACAAGGAGAUAAUGAAUUAGACUUAACUGAACCUCCAUACAAUGAUUAAUGAAGCGAAAGCUUCCUUUCUUGAAUGAAAAAUUCUGGAGUCAACAGGAAGGAAGUCCUUCUUCCGUGUUGUCGAUUCGUUUCUCCUCGUCAAACCAGGUCUCCGUUUGCCUUCACAUGACUGCCUCUCUGCGCUGGUUGAGCAAUUCAGCAGCUUCUUUCUUCGUAAGAUCCAGGAUAUACGAGCGAGCCUUGAUGCUGUUGCUGAUGGUUGGGUUCCUUAGAUUAGGAAAUCAGUCAUUCCACUCUCAUCAUUCCUACCUGUAUAUGUUGAAGAGGUUUCUGAUCUGUUACUAGCCUCCCCAUCAAAGUCGUCUCCACUUGAUCCGUUGCCUACUUCAAUCCUGAGAAAAUGUGUCACUAUACUGGCUCCUCCCAUCACUGAUAUUGUCAAUCUAUCUUUUUCCUCGGGUGUAUUCCCACACACCAUGAAACUUGCUUUAAUCACUCCUCUAUUAAAGAAAAAUGAUCUUGACCCUGAUGUUCUUUCUAACUAUAGACCUGUAUCAAACCUCUCAUUUCUAUCCAAACUUCUUGAGAGACUGGCUGCUAAACAACUGUUAAACCAUCUUGAACUGCGAUUUCUUUUUGUCCAAAUAAGGGGAAAUAAGAACAUUAGAAAUUAAAUUCGACGAACUUUCGACCCAAAAUUUUCCUAUUUGCAGAUUAUCUCGUAAGACUCGAAUAGGCCGAUUUGCUUUACCAGCGGGUGUUACAGUCUAUUUAACAAAAUUGCAGAAGAAAGAGUCAACACCCCAUACACCCGUAGAGCACGAUUUACUUGCAGAGGCAACAGGUGGAAUAUCACCGAUCCCAAGAUUUACUGAGGAAAUUAAGUGCAGGCCAACAGUAGAAACAGAGGCAGAUACUAGCAUUUUUGAUAACGUCGAAGAAUUUAUUCGACUACCGGUAGACGAUAUAAUUAAACUUUUGCAAGAAGAACAGAAAACUUGCAGCCAGACUUAAGAGAUAAAGCUAGAUUCCUGGACCGAUUGUGGAGGACAGAUUUAUCGCCAGAGUUUCAUUGGAACAACUAUUCUGCAGAAUUAAACGAAGUGACAGGCUUUAGAGGGUGGGAUAGUGACGACGAUACCCUUAGUACUUUUGAUCUUGAUUUAAUAUACCCAGACGACGAUAUGGCUUUAACACAGGCAGCAAUCGACACACUGCAGGUAGCAGGACAAAAUAAUACAGCAGCAUUAGUAACAGGCAUGCGUACCUUGGCGGCACAGAGAAAACUAGAAAAUAGAGCUUUUUCCAUUUGGUUCGGGUAAGUAGAGCGAAAAGUCGUGCGGCUAGUCGACUAGUGCGCACCAUGGCGGGGGAUAGCCGAAACUUGCUGCAGACUUUGCUUGAUCCGGUCAAUACCCCCACGUAAGGCCAUGUACUGUAACCUGUCAGGCUGUCAGCAGCAAAAGUGAAACCUGUUUUAUUUCUUAAGUGUUUAAAAUGGUAACAGCUUUUUGUUUGAUAUGUUCAACUUAUGAA